CAUCCGGUGUUACUCGCGCUGGCUCGGACAAAGCUAACUACUGUCUAUCAGCAUCACCCAAACAUUAGCUCCCCGAGUAGCUUUGUGGCUAAACUCCCCACAAACUCAAAUAACCUAUGAGUCGCAAAAGAAACUGCAGUUUCGCUGAAACGAGCCUGUCUCCUCCACCCCACGGCGCCCUCAUGGAACCUUCCGGGUCAGCGAGCCGAGCCGACGGCGAUUUCCUGGAGCUGGAGCCCGACGAAGAGCUGCUCUUUUCGGUCAACGACAUCACCGAGCACCUCGGCAGGAAUAUCACCUUGGUGCUGGAAACAGCGCUCUCCGAGAUCCGGAAGAUGGUCAGCAUCAGGAUACGGGUCCUGAAAAUGGAACUGCGCGAGAAAACGGAAGAGAUCGACGUGCUGAAGGCGAGACUGGACACCGUCCAGAGGGAUGGCAGGGACCAUUUCCCCAGCGCGGCGACCGCGGAGCCGUCCGCCGAGUCCGGCCACAGGAAGCCGAACAACGCCGACCCGAGGAGAGUCAAAGGCGUCAUGACCGCCGUGAAGAAAGAGAAUAUCGAUGCCAUCUGUGACUAUCUGAUGAAAGACAAGAACUCGAGAGGUGGCACCGAAAUGGACGGAGACCAGAGCAGCCAGACCAGUGGGGAGAGGGAGGCUCGACCGGAGCAGGACCCGCACCCUCUCGCCCUGUGGCCUGACAGUGGGAUGGCUGGCCCCGGCUCCGGCCACGGGGACUCCGAGUCCACCACGGAUGACAUAUUCAGCAUGCUUCCCUCUGGCAGCAAGCGGAUGUAUGAUUACGAGUGGAUAACACCAAUCGAGUAUUCCUCAGACCUGAAAGUUAUGAAGGACCCUGAUUGUGAUAACACCCUGACUGGCGAGACGGAUGAUGAUGAUGAUGAUGAAGAAGAUGAGACGUCGAGGAGGGAGGGGGAUGGACUUGACCAGGCCCAGGUUCCGCUCUCGCAUGUCCAGCCCUCUGACUUUACUGUUGAACCCCUGAGCUCUUCAGGGGAUGGAGGUAGUCCCCUGGAAGGCAACACAGACAAGCCUGAGGCAGGUCAACAGUUCACCAGUCACACCUACAUCUGCUCUCUAUGUGGAACCUUCUGCCCUGAUUCUAUGUUCCUGGAAGAACAUAUUAAGCUGAUACACUCAGACUCUGCUGGUGCCCAGACUCUUCAGGCCCUGCAGUCCACCUCCUCCGCAGUACCCACCAUGGGGAGCAGCAGCAGUGACUCCAUGAGGAGUGAAAAAGAGCCGCACGAAGAUGGCACAGGACCAGGAGCUGGUGUCAGCAUCAGUCGGGGAGGAGGGCUUGUGAAAAAGGAGAUUAAAAUUGAGGGGGGUUAUGAGUGUGGGGACUGUGGCCGCCAUUUUAACUACCUUGGCAACCUGCGACAACACCAACGUAUUCAUACCGGCGAAAAGCCCUUCAUGUGUCCAGAAUGUGGGGAGAGAUUCCGGCACGCAGCCCGGUUAAAAAGCCACAGGCUGGUGCACAGUGGUGCCCAGAGCCCCUUCCCCUGCCCUCAGUGUGGCAAAGGUUUCUCAGUGCUGUCUGGACUCAAAAGACACCAACGGGUCCACACUGGUGAGAGCCCAUACGCUUGUCCUCAGUGCGGCCGCCGCUUUAAGGAGCUUGGGAACCUGUACACUCAUCAGAGGAUCCACAGUGGGGCCACACCUUACUGUUGCCAGCAGUGUGGACGCAGCUUCCGCCACCUGGGUACCUACAAGAGCCACCGCUGCACCCCGGCACAGUAAGCAGAAAUUGAACGGACAUGGUGCUGGUUCUGAGGGUUGUGUCUUCAUUGUGUGGCUGUCUGUCGUCACUGUGGGAGGUACUGGUCAUGUGGAGAACAGGGCUGAAUUUUCUGGGAUGCUGCCCAGGCUUUAGUGUUCCGUCCUUGUUCAUUCAAGGCAUUUUACCUCAGUCCUCAAGAAAUGCUGUCAUUGAGCUUGAAGGUUUAUUUCAGACUUUGGAAACAGCAGUUUUAGUCUGAACUCAGAGUUAUACUUACUUGUAGCAAAGCUUUCAGUGGUCUCACACACAGGGAUGUACACUAUGGAUUUAAUUCAACUUUUACCAAUAACCGAUAAUUACCCGCUUUUCGUGGCCGAUACAAUAACCGAUCUCACAUUUUUGUAUAUUUAAAAAGAUACACACUCCUCUGCGUGCAGUGUUUCUCAUGUUGAAGACUUCAUCCAGCCACUGAGCCACUUAACUCAGAGGUCCAUAUGGCCACCAUAGAACUUAUGUUGGUGUUGAUCAGACUAAGAAUGUGUGUGGUGACCACAUCGUACAGGGUAGAGUUCCUCAUGGGUCCAAAAUUUUGUGCCCGAACCCGAAAAGACCCAGAAAUGUUCUACCAGAAACCAAGCAGGGAGAGUCAGACCCCAUAGGCAUAGAUUUCACAUCUGAUGGCUUUAACAAGUUAAUUCACAAGGUGUCAUAACCAAACUUUGUGUCUUACCCAAUGGAACGUUAGCAGCCUUCUCCACUGUGCCUGGCUGUGAAAGCAUAUGAUCCAUCCUCUAAGAUAGUUUUUGAAAUACAUCCAGGUUUUCUGUUAUUCCCCUUGCACACACACACACACACACACACACACACACACACACACACACACAGACACACAGACACACAAGGCUCUGAACCCGUUUGGUGGGCCUGUGAAGACCUCUGGUGCAGGGCAGGUAGGAACAUGUCACAAAUGCACUGUUAGCUGGCAAAACUCAGUCUUCUCCCACUGAAAAGGUCUGGUCAUCGUACAGGCGAUAAAUGAUGUGAUUUUGUUGGUUGCUUUAUCUUUUGUCUCUAGUUAACUUCUUGCAGUUUUCAAAUGCUUGUCGAAUGAACAAAUCUGAUAGUUAAUUAUUUUUCACCUUAACGGCUGCUUCUUAUUCCUUUUCUUUCACCUUUCAGCCGAUUUAGGAGAUUUGUUACAUUUAAACUUGCAAUCUUUUGCCCUCCUCUCGGGAAUCCAGUAUAGUGCAUUGCUGCCACCUGCUGGCCUAGUUAUGUUAUUGCAAUUGUUAUUACAAUAAUGUAAAAGAACAUAUAUUUCCCUUUAUUGGCCGGAAAUAAAUCAGCCCAGAUAAACAUGCAGCCCUAAUCAAACACUCCUCAGCAACUGAUGGAGUUUGCUCAGUUGUCAGAGAAUUUGCUUUCAGUCUUCAUAUCCUUGUGUAUGCCAACACUGUUGAAAAGCCUUACAUGUGCUUAGGAAAAUGCAAAGUAUGACACUCGUACUUCUGUUACAGACUAAACAAACUUCAUUUGUUGAUGGAGAUUAUUUUAUAUGGAUGAAAUCUGUAGAGCAAGCCAGUAAACUUUAGAUGAAAUAAUCAGGUUGUAAGAUAUAUUUAUAAUGAAAAUCUUCUAGGUCUCUGACCCACAAAGAAGAGAAUCCCUUUCUUUUAGACCAGACUGCAUCAGUAAAGAGCACAUUUCCUAUAUGUUGCAUUUACCUCAAAGGAUAAUUCCUGUUCAUUACAAUUGUGCUAAGCGAGAGUGCUUUACUUUGGAACGGGUAAAGGAAGUAUUGCAACUAUUUAUGUUUAUGACAUAUUCUACAGAUAGACACUGAAACUGUGGCAAAAUAUAAUUUUCACUGUCUAUUUGGCUGUGAACCACACGUGGGGGAAAAUAGGCAAAACUCCAACUCUUAAGAAGAGCGGCUAUGUGAGAAAACCCCCUCAGUCAAGGUUAGGCUCUGUUUGCUAGUUCACCAGUUCAUUUAUCAAACAAAAGAUUGGUAGUGUUUCAAACUUUUUAAUCCAAAAAUAAUUCAAUACGUUUUAGAAUGAAUUUGUUGUUUUGUUGUUUUUUUGCCUUAUAUCUCUUUUUUUGCUGCGAGAAAACAGACUUCGAACUUUUAGCCUCGAACAACUUAGAUGAGUAACCACCACCACAGGCUCAUCACCACAUAAUGACUAAUGCUUUUCUUAAAUUGGUAAAGGAACAAGAUUCACUCAGCCUCUCCCUCUCGCUCGCGCCAACACACACUCACAUACACACCCACACAGACACACACAUACACACAGACACAAACAUUGUAAUUGAAAACAUCUAUACAUGCAGACUGGGUUAAAUAACAUGAUUUGGUCUUUGUGAACACAACUGGCGUAUAUAAUUACUUGCGCAUAGAAUGGGGGGGGGAUACGAUCACAAGUGGCCACAGGAGACACAUUCGGGACAGAUUUAAAUGCCAGGUGUGAACAGACAAACUCAAGAGCUGUCCACUUGUGAUUAACUCUCAGGACAGCACUUCCAUGACCUUGAGAGGUUAUAUUUGUGAGUUCAAUGUUAUCAUGACUGAUGGAAGCAAUGGCCAGGACUACACCCACUGGAUUACCAAUCUGAGAUGCUGUUUUUCACAGCCCGCUCAUAGAAAAACACAUUGUCAAACGUUAUCAGACUUUGGUAUGAUCGGAAUUCCACAGUGCAAUUGACUAAACAAGACAGCUUGGUUAAAAAACGACAGCAUUUAAACAGAUGUAUGUAUGGCUCCAUGUAUUGAUUUGCACCUUGAUCCAUUUAGUCUCUAGUGCACCCUGUCACCCUCGAUUUGUGGAGAAGGAUGGAUCUUUUAGAGUAGUAGUGGGACAGCAUCCCCCACAUGUGGACCAUUUGUGUAACUGCAACAAAAGAUUCUCUUCUGGCUCAUACGGUACUGCUAAUUGUCUUUCAUCCUGAUACUGUUUGGUGCUAUGUGUAGAGCAGGAAGUUUAUCAUCAUUUUUAAAAAAGUAUUAUCUGAUGUUACAGACUAUAUACUGGAUAUUUUAUAUGUUUGCUUGUAUGACAACUAAAAAUACUGCGAUUGGAAAAAAAAACAUACUUGAAGGAAAUUGAAUCCAAAGUAUCUGGUGGGUUUAAUCAUUUGAUCUCAUUCUGUGGAAGCCCAUUAGAAAAAUGACCAAUUUUACUCAAGCUUGUCUGUAAAAUUGAGUUUCUUAGCACUAUGGGGAAGACUAAAAAAAAUUAAUGAAUAAAAAAACUUAUUCAAACCUGUGGAAGCUAAAAGCCAACCAUUGACAAUCUGCUUUCUUUUCUAAACUGUUGUCCUAAACUCAUGAAUGGAAGUGUGAAUUGUUUUUUUUACCAAAAGAAAAUAAAAACAAUAAAACAAAG